AUGGCCCCAGCCAGCACCAGAACCUCGGGCUCGCCCGCCAACCCACAAGGUUCCCACCUUCCAGGGCCGCCGCCCCGGCUCCCAACUCUGCACACUGCCGCACUGAGGAAAGACGGUAACUUUGCAGUGAGGACACCGGGCGCCGACCAAGGAGCCGGCCGGCCACCGCACCCUUGCACCGCCGGGGGGAAAGCCCCUUCCAGAAUGGCAACCAGCAGCCCCCAUGGCCCUGGCGCCCGCAGAUCUGGGGCGAGGAUGGGCUCGAGAGGUGCCCGGGGCCCCUGCCCCGGCCCGAACUCGAAGCGGCCUGAUCUGGCACCAACACCACCUCGCCAGGCUCCACCGAACCGGGCCGGACGGGCGCCACCGCCGCCAGCCGAGCUGCUCGCCGCAUCGGAUGCCACACGCGCCGCCACCUUCUUCCUCCGUCCGUCAGGGAAGAGCCCGCGCCGCCCGUCGCCGGAGCCGCUCCGAGGAGCCGCCGCCGCCACGAGCGUGCCGAGGUCGCGUCGUCACCACGCCGAGGCCGAGCUCCACGCCGCCGCGCACGCCGCCCAGCGCGCCGCCCUCACCAGCCGCCUCGGUCCCGCGCCCCGGCCGCCGCGCGAGGAGGGUGGUUUCUUCUAG